AGGCAGAGGCUGUGGGGCAGGAGCCGCAAAAGACGGGAAUUGUUUGGGAGUUCAGUCAUCCAAAAACCGUCUCCCAUAUGGAGGGUCGGGCUUCCCGCAUCCCUACGCCGCUUUCCUCCUCCUCCUGCUGCCGCUUUCCCCUCCGCUCCUGAGCUCUGCAGAUCGCAUUAUACCCCUACAAACAGCUCACGGAGAAGUACCACCAGCCCCCAAAUCAAGGGCCCCCUCCUUCCCCCUCCCCCCAAAACAGACUUUUCCCUUUCUUUCUUUCUCUCUCUCUUUUUUUUUUUCUUUUUUUUUUUCUCUCUGUGUGUGUGUGUGCUGAAUUCCCUGCAGAUCCGGCCUGGAAGUUCCCAGCUCCCGGAGUUAAGCCUCUUUGUUGCUUCCCUGCGUUUUGUGCAUCUUUGUGUUGCUCCGUCCUGCUCCAUCAGAGACCCGGGAAGCUGCUGCCACACCUCUGCUGCAUCCUCUGAGGCAGCUUAUGGGAUCCUUCCCUGGGCACCUCUGCUCCAGGACAUGCUGCAUGGGAUGGCAAUGACACGCGGAAGGAAGAGACCAAUGUCCCCCAUCCCUUGCCUGAUCUUCGCAGCCGCUAGCUGCUUUGCCAAACUGAGUGAAUCUCUGCAGGUCACUGUCCAGCCUGCCUCCAUUGUCCAAAAGCUGGGGGGCUCAGUCAGCUUAGGGUGUGUGGUGGACCCCGUCAGGGUGAACCUUACCUGGCGACUGAAUGGGAAAGAGCUGGCUGGAUCAGAUGACGUGAUGGGUAUCCACAUCGAGCGAGGGAAACUCGUCAUCACAGCUCUCAACAACCACACCGUGGGGCGAUACCAGUGCAUUGCUCGUGUGCCUGAAGGAGUCAUUGCCAGUGUUCCUGCAGUGGUAACGUUAGCUAAUCUCAAAGAUUUCAAGUUUGAUGGCCAGCAUGUGAUCGAGGUGGAUGAGGGGAACACAGCUGUGAUUGCUUGCGAUCUGCCCGAAAGCCACCCUAAGGCUCAGGUCCGCUACAGCGUGAAGCAUGAGUGGCUGGAGGCAUCCCGAGACAACUACCUUAUCAUGCCAUCUGGGAACCUUCAAAUUGUCAAUGCCAGCCAAGAGGAUGAGGGAACUUAUAAAUGUGCUGCCUACAACCCUGUGACUCAGGAGGUGAAAACCUCGGUCUCCAGUGAGAGGCUCCGUGUAAGACGCUCCACAGCGGAGGCAGCUCGGAUAAUCUAUCCACCUGAAGCUCAGACCAUCAUCGUCACCAAAGGGCAAAGCCUCAUCUUGGAGUGCGUGGCCAGUGGGAUCCCACCUCCACGGGUCACCUGGGCCAAAGAUGGUUCCAGCGUCUCCGCAUACAAUAAGACACGGUUCCUGCUCAGCAACCUCCUGAUUGACACCACAAGUGAGGAGGACUCUGGGACCUACAGCUGCAUGGCUGACAACGGGGUUGGUGAGGCCGGAGCUGCAUUUAUCUUCUACAACGUGCAGGUGUUUGAACCCCCAGAGGUCACUAUGGAGCUGUCUCAGGAAAUCAUUCCCUGGGGCCAGAGUGCAAAGUUCACCUGUGAGGUGCGAGGGAACCCCCAGCCCUCCGUCAUGUGGUUGCGCAACGCCGUACCCCUCUCCUCCAGCCACCGACUCCGGCUGUCCCGCAGGGCACUGCGGCUGGUCAGUGUGGGGCCUGAGGAUGAUGGCAUAUAUCAGUGCAUGGCGGAGAACGAGGUCGGCAGUGCGCAAGCCAUGGUGCAACUGAGGACAGCCCGACCAGGAACUACCCUGAACCUUGGGCGAGAUGCCCGGCUGGGCUCAGCUCAGCGUCCGACACCACCUUCCAGGGACAACGCUCUAAAGCUGCCCCUGGAUAAAGCUGGACUGCCAAAGCCUGGGACGACCCCUCUGGCAGCAUCUCCACAGUGCACAGCCAACAGAGAAUCCAUGUCUCCAGCUGAGGCCCCCAUUAUCCUCAGUUCUCCCCGGACAUCCAAGACAGACAGCUACGAUCUGGUGUGGAGACCUCGUCCUGACAGCAGAGCCCCCAUCCUCUAUUACGUGGUGAAGCAUCGCAAGGUCACUAAUGCCUCGGACAGCUGGGCAGUGAGGGAUGUUCCAGCUUCGCAGCACCGCCUGACCCUGACCAGGCUGGACCCCGGGAGUCUCUAUGAGGUGGAGAUGGCCGCUCACAACUGUGCUGGCGAGGGACAGACAGCCAUGGUGACCUUCAGGACUGGCCGGCGCCCAAAGCCAGAGAUUGUCGCCAGCAAAGAGCAGCAAAUCCAGAAGGAUGACCCAGGCACAAGCACUCAGAGCAGUAACCAGUCUGACAACAGCCGUCUGUCCCCUCCAGAGGCACCAGACCGUCCGACCAUCUCCAUGGCAUCAGAGACAUCUGUGUAUGUGACCUGGAUCCCCCGUGGGAAUGGCGGGUUCCCCAUCCAGUCUUUCCGUGUGGAAUAUAAGAAACUGAAGAAGUUGGGAGACUGGGUGCUGGCCACCAGUGACAUUCCUCCCUCUCGUCUGUCUGUGGAAAUCCCAGGCCUAGAGAAAGGCACUUCCUAUAAGUUCCGUGUCCGUGCGCUGAACAUCCUGGGAGAGAGCGAGCCCAGUGCUGCAUCUCGGCCAUAUGUAGUGUCUGGGUACAGCAAUCGUGUUUAUGAGCGCCCUGUGGCUGGGCCAUACAUUACCUUCACAGAUGCCAUCAAUGAGACCACCAUCAUGCUGAAGUGGAUGUAUAUUCCAGCCAGCAACAACAACACUCCCAUCCAUGGCUUUUACAUCUAUUACCGCCCCACUGACAGUGACAAUGACAGUGACUACAAGAAGGAUGUGGUGGAAGGAGAUCGGUACUGGCACUCCAUCAGCCACCUGCAGCCAGAGACCUCGUAUGACAUUAAGAUGCAAUGCUUCAACGAGGGUGGUGAAAGCGAGUUCAGCAACGUGAUGAUCUGUGAAACCAAAGCUCGGAAGUCUCUUGGUCUGCCGGGUCGUCUUCCACCCUCGACGGUGCCCCCCCAGCAGCAUCCCCCACUUGGUGGUGGGCACAGUGGCCUGGGGACAGGGGCCAUGGUGGCCCGUUCCAGCGACUUGCCAUACUUGAUUGUAGGGGUUGUGCUGGGCUCCAUCGUACUCCUCAUUGUGGCCUUCAUCCCCUUUUGCCUUUGGAGAGCUUGGUCCAAGCAGAAGCAAACCAUUGACAUGGGCUUCCCAGGAGCUGGGCUGCUGGUAUCAUCCUGCCAGUACACCAUGGUGCCCCUGAGGGGCAUCUCUGCUCCACGUGCCAACGGACAUCCCUAUGUUAAUGGGCAGCGCUAUGCCAAUGGGGCACAUCUGAAUGGCAUCUGCCCCUCUGCAGGAGUGGGCUAUGCAAGCACCAAGCCCCGAGAUGACAGCCCAGAUGACAUGCAGCAGCCGCAUGAGGAGACCAACACCUUGCUGCAGGCGAGAGUGCUGCAAAAUGGGAAUGCCCAGCAAGACUACCAGUCCUCCAGAUUGUCCAAUUCAAGACCAGAAGACAGCUCUUUCCUCUACAGUCUCCCAGAUGACUCCACUCACCAGCUUCUCCAGCCACAAGAUGAUUGCUCUCACCUUCAAGAGCACUUUGUUGGCCUGCAUCAUCCAGUGAUGGGCAGCAAAAUGGGAGGCCCCAGCCUGGAUGCUCGACGGGAUCCCAUGUUCCACCGAGGAAGCCCUUGCUGCCUUGGCCUGGUGCCAGUUGAAGAGGUAGAAAGGUUAGAUUGCUGCCAGUCCAGAGGAGACAUCCAUCCCCAGAAUUCAUUGAUCACAUCUUUGAGUCAGGACCUACCAAGACAUCUGAACAGCAGCCCGCCACUACUGAGGCCCUUAGAGACUCAUUCUCCUACCAGUUAGGGACCAAGCUGCCUUUUACAAAAGACUUAUUCUAAAGAGAGAAAGAGAAUAGGUAUUUAUUUUUGUAUAACACCUCUAUUUAUAUAUUUAUGCACUUGUAUAUAGAUGUAUCUGUGCCUUUUAUAAUGCUAUGGAGACAGAAGGCAUCCUCAGCAAAGCAACAGGAGGGGCCAAGAAACAGGGCAGCAGCCAUCUAUGGCACUAAGCAGUUCGUAAGAACAGAAGACUGAAACAGAGCAGCACAAGAAACACUGUGGGACAUGGGCCCAAGCAGAGCUGCUAUCAACAUCUAGCACCCUCUUUGCAGAGGGCUCCAUGAAAGAUGAUGCUAUGGAAAAGGUUUUUUUCCUUCUCCCCCACAGGAAGGCAUCUCCCAGGAAUGCACUCAUAUGAAUGGACUGGAGUUAUGCACUCUGCCUAAUCAACUUUAACAACCUUUCACAUACACGCCAUCUGCAGCCGCAUAUCUGUAAAGACAAACCCACGCUUUAACAUCUAAAAUAAAGGCUUUAGUCUUUUCUGUG